UAAUUCACAAAUUGGUUGUUUUGCGUCGUCCUCGAAGCUUAACCUGUUUUUUUUGUUCUAUCAAUUACAUUUUAUGGUUAUUUUCUAAUUAUUUACUUUGUCCUUUGAGCUCAACAUUAAACGGAAGUGAAAACGAAAUAAUGUCUGAGAAAUUUUGGCAAAUUUCCUUAAUAUAGUAAAUAUUCUACUAUCUUAACCUACCAUGUAAUUUGGGAGAUGUAAUAGAACUCUGCCUCAAAAUCGCAACAAAUAUUCUCUUCAUUUUGAUAAUGUCACUCUGUUAUCAGAACCAUUCACGUUUUAUUUUUGGUUGAUCACAAACGUGGCCUCGGCUCGUAUCGCAGUCGCUGAUCUUAAGUGCUGAAUUGAGCGCAGCGUUGUUCGGUUGUGUAUGAAGCUGAUCAGGUUAACGACUUGUAGUACGCAACAAAACUUUUUCAUUUUUUUCUGUAUCUAGCAACUAGCAAGGCAGCUGUAAAUAACGUUCUGUUUGUACUGUUAAUUUAAGAAGCUCUAGGACCCCAUCGUUACAAACAAGUGCUAGUAAGAAACAUAAAUCCGCAAACGGUAACCCGAGGGCUCAGCAAUCAGUAUCGGUGCGAUAAUAACAAUUAUGACGCAAAGGGCUAUCGACAAAAAUGAUAAUUCUACCAUCUCAAAGUUGAUACCGUUUAUAACAACGGUUAUACUUUAUUUUUCGCUUAUUCAACAUACGGAUCGUGGCAGUACCCCAUCGACGGUGUUAAAAUGCAUGCCGAUAUUCAGCUUAUUAUUUUAUGUGAUGCUAACGUCAUCAAAAAAUCCUACAGCGGGAAAAUAUCAGAAACGCAUCAUGUAUGGACUUCUGUUUUCUUCUUUUGGUGAUUUUUUACUAAACUACGAUUUGUUCGAAACUGGAAUGGGUGCGUUCGGGGUGGCCCAAGUAUUUUAUAUAUGGGCGUUCGGUAUGAAACCACUGAAGCUGUGGAUUGGUGUUACCUUAUAUUUGUCAGGAUUUUUCGCAACUGCUGUGUUCUUUGGAAAUUUAAACUCCGUGAUAAAAGUAUGUCUUCCAUUUUAUGCUAUUUUAUUGUUGACAAUGUGUUGGAGAUCAUUAGCUCGCAUUGAGGGUUCCAACAACUAUUUGAGGCUUGUAUGCGGCAUUGCCAGCAUAUUAUUUGUUGUAUCUGACGGAAUCAUUGCAUUUGAUAAAUUUUUCACUACCAUACAAUCAGCACAAACCUACAUUAUGGUAACAUACUACUUCGCGCAAGUAGGAAUAACACUCAGCGUUAAUGAUGUGCAACUUAAUGAGUCAACAGGGGUUAAAAAGAAUUCACAGAGACAACAUAAAAAAUCUGGAACUAAAUCGAAUUGAAAAUGGUUAUGGUAUUUAGUUGUUCAAUAUUGGUGAAACAGUAAAGAAUAGUAAAUCUGUGAUUUUGUUUCUUCCUGGAGUUGGAAAUCUUCCAUUAAAUUUCAGAUUUUUAUGCUUGUUGAAAAGAAAAAUAAAUAGACUGGUUUUAAACGUCUAUAUAAUAUAGACUGGUAUAGAAUAAUAGACUUCUAAAAUGUAAGUAGAAGAUGGAGCGGUUCGGAGGCCGAGGCGACAGCGGCGCCGGUCUUCACACGGGACAGGGCCGGGGUUCAAAUCUCAUCCAGACCGCCUCCCCGUACGUAAGGCUGACUACUUAACUACGGGUAAAAUUAAGUCAUAGAAAGCCGGAAAUGCAGGCCGAGACCUCUCGAGAUUGUAGUGACAAAGAAGAAGAAGAAGAAGAAGAUUUAAACGUUUCACAAAGUUUCUUUUCUAAAUUAUAUUGCAAUAUGCUACAGUAUUUGUAUGGGGCUUUAGCAUCCCUGCUAUACAUCUGCAAAACACGUCAUGAAAAACAUACAUUUCAUAAACACGUGCGAAGGAACGGUCAAUCACACCACAACUUUAUGCAAUAACUGUUUAAACUCAAGCACCCUAUACCCCACCAAGAACAGCAUAUUCAGCAGAUUUGACCAAACACGCGUUGCAAUAAGAACAUUAAAAUCUGACUAGCGCACUCGACUAAGCAAGUUGCGCAAUGCAAUACGAAACCAAACCAUCCAAUGCACCAAACAUCGUGCGGUGCAGACAGCGGACAGCAACUUAGCGUAAAACUUUAUCCACUCCGAACCAUCGCAUACAAAUAGAACAAAACACACAAUCAUAACGACACAUUUUACGCAAGCGUAGCAAUCGAUCGCACCGCGACCAACUCAUCCAUAGCGACACAUUUUAAGCAAGCGCAGCAAUCGAUCGCGUCGCGUUCGAUCGCCCCGAAACAAGCAAAUCAAUGAAUGAUAGUUUCAUAUCAGCAGGUCAACGGAUAAUGAAACGGAAACGACUGAAACCAAAACCACCCUAAGGAAAAUUCCAAAAGUAACUUGAUUCUUUCGUUUACAACGAAACCCCCGUCAACCAAGAAGUUACUCAAUAACGUAAAAAAGUUUUAUCCUUAUUUAAGGCGAAUGAAAUAACCAUAAACUAAGAAAUUUUCGGUAUAAAUAAAGCUGUCUUCCCCUACCAACGAGAGAGUUGGUUUUUGGCUGAGACUUGACGCAACUCAUAA